CAGCGCAAAAGUGGAAGCCAGUCCCGGCCAGCCAGCGGCGCGCCGGCGAAGGAGGAGGGCACCGGCCGAGGACCACCGCCGCGCCGGGGCCUUGCCAGCCACCUCCCAGCCCCGCCGCCCCGGGGGACGCCCGGCCCGCUAUGCCGCGCUGAAGCCCCCCGGGAAGCCCACCCAGGCCCAGGCCAGCGCCCGGGAGACGGAGGGGCCGAGCCGCGCAACCCGAGAGCGCCCAGAGGGAGAGCAGGAGGAGGAGGAGGAGGAGGAAGAAGAGGAGGCGGCGGCGGCGGCGGCCGCGGGCGGCGCAGCGGAGCGGCUGGGCGGCGCGGCCACCCCCCCUGUCCGGCCGCGGCGAUGAUGGUGCAUUGCGCCGGGUGCGAGCGACCCAUCCUGGACCGCUUCUUGCUCAACGUCCUGGACCGGGCCUGGCACAUCAAGUGUGUGCAGUGCUGCGAGUGCAAAUGCAACCUCACCGAGAAAUGCUUCUCGCGGGAAGGCAAGCUCUACUGCAAGAACGACUUUUUCAGGAAGUUUGGGACGAAGUGCGCCGGCUGCGCGCAGGGCAUCUCCCCCUCGGACCUGGUGCGGAAAGCCCGGAGCAAAGUCUUCCACCUGAACUGUUUCACCUGCAUGGUGUGCAACAAGCAGCUCUCCACGGGCGAGGAACUGUACAUCAUCGACGAGAACAAGUUCGUCUGCAAGGAGGAUUACCUGAGCUCGCCCAGUUUCAAAGAAGGCAGCCUGAACUCAGUUUCUUCCUGUACCGAUCGAAGUUUAUCUCCGGAUCUUCAGGACCCCAUGCAGGAUGAUACAAAGGAGACAGACAAUUCCACUUCCUCGGAUAAAGAGACCACCAACAAUGAAAAUGAGGAGCAGAACUCUGGGACCAAAAGAAGAGGACCUCGGACCACUAUCAAGGCCAAACAGCUGGAGACCCUCAAGGCGGCUUUUGCAGCCACCCCUAAACCCACCCGGCACAUCCGGGAGCAGCUAGCUCAAGAGACGGGGCUCAACAUGAGAGUCAUCCAGGUUUGGUUCCAGAACCGGCGCUCUAAAGAGCGAAGAAUGAAGCAGCUGAGCGCGCUGGGCGCCCGAAGACACGCGUUCUUCCGAAGCCCUCGGCGCAUGCGCCCUCUGGGUGGCCGGCUGGAUGAAUCCGAGAUGCUGGGCACGGCUCCUUACAGUUACUACGGAGAUUACCAAGGCGAUUACUACGGGCCCGGGAGCAACUACGACUUUUUCUCGCAUGGCCCCCCCUCACAGGCACAGUCGCCGGCCGACUCCAGCUACAUCCCGACCUCGGGGGCCAGCUCCACCCCACUCGGGCCCCUGGACGCCCCCUUGGCCGGACAUCAUACCUCGGAGAACCAAAGGUACACGGAUAUGAUCUCCCACUCCGACACGCCCAGCCCGGAGCCGGGGCUGCCCGGCUCGCUGCACCCCAUCCCGGGCGAGGUCUUCAGCGGGGGUCCCAGCCCCCCCUUCCCCAUGUCGGGGUACAGCGGGCCCCUUUCGCAUUCCAACCAGGAGCUCAGCGAAGCGGCUGUGUGGUAGAGCGCCCAGGGGGGCAGGGGGGGACGCCGUGGGGCUCCAGGCCCCUCCUCCAAGCCCUAACUCGAACCCAGAGCCCCCUUCCCACCAGGGAGAAGGGCUGAGGCCAUCCCGCUUCCCUCGGAGCCGCUCCAGGACCACGCUGGCCCGCUGCCUUGCCCCAAGUGGGCCCAGGGGAGACGCUGUGAAGCCCGGGGAAGGGCCGCCAGCUGCCAACCUCCAGCUCCACCACUCUUUGGACCAAAGUAGGAUUCGCUUCUGGUUUCCGCAGACUGGAGGAUGGGGAUUGGAGGAACGGGAGGGGGUUUCAC